UCACUGUACUUCAUGGCUCCCCUUUAUGUUUUGUUUUGUCCUAUCGCUCCCUGCUACGCUCUAUAUUCUACUCAAAUCCAUUCUGUUCCUCUCUAGUAUGUUCUCUUCAGUUCCACUCAGCUCUGUUGUAUUUGAUUACUCUCUUGAAUGUUCUCUCCUUUAUUCCGCUCUCUUCUGUUCCUCUCCAGGAGACUCUGCUCGCCUGUGCUCAGUUGUAAUACUUGACUGACUGUUUUCUAUACUCUCUUGCGUUUUAUUCCCUUCUAUUCUGCUACUCUGUACUGCUGUGUACUGGUACUGUGUGUUAUGUUCUCCUCUCCUGUGUUGCCUCACGGUCCCUCCUGUUAUGUUACCCUGUUGUACUCCUCACUGUGUUCCGCCUCUGUGUUUCUGUUCCGUCCUGUUCCACUUUUCUGCACGGACGGUCAUUUUGAUGAUUUUCGUCCGCACUGAGAUUUAAAAAGCUCAGGACACAUUUAGUGAAAUGCAGCACGGCAGCUCCUACGUGCAUUCUGAAUGAGGCUAGUAGUGAUAUUUGCGUAUAACAGAAGCACCGCCUCCCUCCCAUUGGACAAUGUGUACGUGAGGGCGUGGCAAGGAAAGAUGAGAGUUGCGAAUCCAUGCCCUUACUGGGAAGACAUGGAGCGCUAUGGACACAGUCUACACGAAUCGAGUAGGAUUCUCAGCUAAAGACCCAAAUAUUUCUUCACUUAGGAAACAGAACGAUUUGAGAGACUGAGAGGAGGAAAAAGGGUGGCCCGGUCGAGGAUGGAGUGUGCAUUUGACGCACAGAAUCUGAUUUCCAUUUCUUUGAGGAAAAUCCAAAGCUCCAGGACGCAGAGAGGAGGCAUCAAGCUCCACAAGAACUUGCUGGUAACGUACGUGCUGAGAAACGCCAGGCAGUUUUACAUGAGCAAAAACUUGUCGCAAACGCAGAGGACGCACCACUAUGAGGACGUAGCCGCAGUCCGCGAGAGGCAAGAAUACCUCCAGCUGACCGGGAGCUUCACGGAGUUGGCCGAUGACUUCUACUGCAACUUUAGCGGCGUUGAGUCGGACACUUGGCACUGCGGAGCGCACCAGCCCGUCGGCCAGCCUGCAGAGGUGGCGCACCAAGACGCGUCCGCCUGCGCAAUGGUUUCACCAAGUGACUCCGACCUCAUGGUUUCGGAAGCCUGUUGGAGUUACGCAGACAAGUCCUCCUGGGAGUUACCUGUCCCGAACGCACAAGCCAACCAAAAGACCGUCCUGGACUUGGACACGCAUGUGGUGACUACUGUCACGAAUGGAUACUUCCACUCAGACUGUUGCGCGCAGUCAAAACAGCCGCAGGGCGCGCAGUGCUACAGCAAAAAGCGAAAGAUGGACACAAGUUAUCAUAUUGUUGAUCCAGAGUUUUAUUUGCCAGACUUUGGGCCGCUGCCGUGCAAAAGGAUGAGAACUGAUGAUGAUUCACAUUCGGACUCGGAGCAGCUGGACAGCACAAACAUCUCCAACCUGAUCUCGGUGUUGGGUUCAGGCGGACUAUCUGAGUUUGUGAGUUGGCAGCAGACGGACCUUGAGCAAAUAUUCGCCGCUCAAACAAUUUGUUUAAAGCAUACACCGUUAACAGGCAGCGGCUGGACCAGAGCGAUCGAAGCAUUUUGAUUUGUAUGACUGGUUUUCUUUGUAUCGUUUUAUUUUAUUGCUUUCAAAUAAACCAUGACACGACUGCA